AUGUCGGCCCUCGUAGCGCCUCCCCAGUCUCCUCGCUCGCUCGAUCCGCCCGUGGCGCCUCCUCUCGACUUCUCUGCUCACCGGCGCAACACCAUGCCCGGUGGCACGGGUGGGGUUCGGCCUGCACCGCCGUCUCGCGCGCUCAGCGCGAUCGACGAGCCCAAACAGCCGCAAGUCGCCGGACCAAGCAAUGCGAGCAGCAAGCCAUUCACCUCUGGCCAAGCACAGGCCUCGGACCGACCUGGCAGGAACCCCGAUAGCCCCCCUAGGGGAGAUGAUCGAGAUCGCUCCGACAGCCGCGAGCGGAGAAACAACGGCUCCGGCGACGGCAGUGGCGGCAGCAGCGGCGGAAAGGGUGGCAGCGGCAGCGCCAGCGCCAGCGGUGGCGGUAGCGGUGGCGGUGCGGCAGGCGGCGGCGACGACAGCGAGCAGAACCGCGUGUACAAGGCCAUCUCGCGCGUCCACCGCGCCUGUACGUCGUGCCGCAAGCAGAAGGCGAGGUGCGAAGGCCCAGAGCAUCCGCCCUGCCGGCGGUGCAAGGCUGCGGGCAUCGACUGCAUCUUUGAGAAGCCACCGCGCGAGACGGGAGCCACGGCGCCCGACGCCGGCAGCGAGCGGAUCAAGUCGCUCGAGACGCAAAUGUCCGACAUGCAAGCCAUGAUGGGCGAGCUGGUCAACACGCUCAAGACCAACACCCGCCUCCUCGCCCAGCAGGUCCAGACGGGCUCUCCCUCUCCCCUCCGCACCCCUGCCCACGCCCCGGCUCAAGAGGGGGCGCAGCCGCCGCCUCAGCCGCCGCCGCCGCCUGGACCGGUCCAUCCGAUGACGGCCUACAGAUCCCCCACCGCCUUCGGCCCAGGUCCGCCUCGAGCCUACGCACCACGGACCCAAGACCUGCUCCAGCAGCCCACCACGGCGCAGCACAGCCAGUACCUCCAGCAAGAGGGCGCAGGCCCAGGCCACGCCGGAACCGCCGCCGCAGGGCCCGGAGGCGCCGAGAGCCCGAGCGCAAAGUCUGACAUGGACCGGAGGAUCUACCCUUGGUCCGCACCCAGCCCGCGUCUUGGCAGCGGGCUGUCGAGCAGCGUAGGCGCCGGCGCGGGUGCAGAGCAGCCUUCGGGCGCAGCCAACUGGAAGUCGCCGGGACACGUCCGUUCGUCUCCCGCCUCCAACCAGCUCGAGCUCCAGCAUCGCCCAGGCCAGCCCUGGCAUCCCGCGGGUACCGCCGAAGGUUCCAGAGGGAGAGAUGCCACCAGCGCCACUUCGCUGACGCCCGACCCGCCGUCGCAAGGCCCGCAUCAGCCAUGGAGGCCGGCAAUGUCGCAGAGGACUUCGAUGCCACCGCCACCCGCGCGCCGCCUCUUCAACAAGGAUGCCGACGGCGACGCCGACAUCUCCAACGAGCAGCUCUCGGCACCCAUCGAGGCGCUCCGUGGCCUGGCCGACGCCGCCGCAGCCGCCGCAGACGCCGGUCGGGGCGGUGCCGACGACGACCUGGAUGCCAGCACCCAUACACCAUCGGAAGCCACGGGAAGCAGGCGAUACCCUGGCGACGAGUUCCUCGUCAACAAGGACACGCCCAACGCGGCUUCGACGGUCGCCAGCGGCCCACAUCGGCGAUCGCAGAGCCGUCCGCUGGCCUCGGAACCAUCGCCCGCCGACGAUGCCAGCGGCGGCCCGCUCAAGCGACGGCGCACAGAUUCGGGCUCAGUCGUUGGCGGAGACGACGCUGCUGGCGCCGGGCCCAGCCAGUACCCCGACGACAUCAACCCGCACGGCAUCGACCGUCCGGGCGACCUGGUCACGCUCGGCCUGGUCACCGAGGACGAGGCGCGGCGGCUCUUCAACAUCUUUGGACAGGGCGUCCCCAAGUUUAUCAGCAUCUUCCAUUUCGAGGACGUCUUCUUCGACGACGCGCGGUCCGAUGCGAUGGAAUCGAUCCGAGCGCGGAGCUUCUUCCUCUUCAACACCAUCCUGGCGAUCGGCGCCAUGAUCGAGUGCGGCGGCGGCCCCAAGAACCGGCUCUACCGGAUCUGCAUGGCGCAGGCCAAGCGCAAUGCCAAGGACACCCUCUUCAUGCCGGUCGACGGCAAGGAGGCGGUCCAGGCCAUGGUGCUGCUCGGCUCGUACAGCGACAAUGGCUGGCUGCCGACGGGCAUGUCGAUCCGGAUGGCCCAGGAGCUCGGACUGGAUCGUUCCUUCCAGCGUCUCAUGACCCGGCUACCGCCCGGCAGCAUGCUGCGACAGCCACCGCCGCCACCGCAUCCGCCGCGCAAUCACGUCUACCACCAGGGCUCGCCCGCGUCGCUCUACACCGACUCUCCGGGAGAGCGGAGCGACGUCAGCGGGCCGGUGCUGAGGCGCGACGACGGCGAUGGCAAGGCAGAGCCGGAGCAGGGGAGCAUCGAGGAGCUGCGGGAGCUGGCCAGGGGCGCCAGGCUGUGGUUCUUCCUCUUCCUCUUCGAUCACCAGGCCUCGUUCGGUGCAGGUCGGCCGGCGAUGCUCAGCAAACACUACGUGCGCAACUGCCGCGCCUUUCUGACGCUCCAGUACCCGCUGGCCGUCGAUACCGACGCGCGCUUCAUCUCGACGCUCGAGCUCCUCAUCAUCCGCGAGACCCACUACGAUGCCAUGGGGCCCUACGACCAGCCCGUCGAUGCGCGGAUGCUGGCCCGCAUGCGGCGGGUGACGCACGAGCUCGACGAGUGGCACAAGUUCUGGAGCAACGAGCUGUCGAACCGCGGGUACGACGAGUCGUCGUUCUUUCAGCAGAGCCUGGUCCUGCAGUGCGCCAGUGCCGAGCUCUACCUCACCUGCACCGCCCUGCGCGGCAUCAAAGACGCGCACGAUGCCGAUCGGAUGGGGCCCGAGCAGAAGGAGCUAAUCAUCCAGGCAACCCGAGCCGCCGACACGUGCCUAUCGAUCUCGGUCAAUAGCGACGAGUACCGCGAGAUGCUCGGCUGGGCGCCCCACUAUACGCACGUCACUGCGGCCUUUGCCUGCGUCUUUCUCAUCAAAAUCGCUCGCCUAUUCCCACGCCAGGUCGACACCUACGGCAUCUUCAGCAACGCCGAGAGGCUGGCGACGCGCCUGGCCGAGGUGCCUGCGACCAAGUACUCGCGCGUCAUCCGCAUCCUGCUUGCGCAGGCAUGGAAGAAGAUCACCGACCUCAGCCCGAGCAUCGGCCUCUACGCCGCCCUCGGCGCCGAGGGAUCGCGGCCAGGAGCCAUCACUCCGGCCGAGAUCAAGAUGGGUGGGCCUUCCGACACCGGUCUGGCGCUGCUCUACAAGCUUCUCGCCCAGCACCAGCAGGCGGACAACCCCUCUGCGAUGGUCGAGGGCGCAGACGACCCGGCGACGGCAGCAGCUGCAGGUGCCGCCCAGGCCAGCGGCUCGACCGAUGUCGGUCUCAGCGUCCUGCAGCCUGCCGACGCCAAGUGGAACACGUCGACUGCGCCCUCGCCCCAAAUUGCCGCGACCGCCAUGACGCCGAGCCGGCUGGCGGGCAUGGGGUUGAGCUACAGGGGCAACCAGAUCGAAGCCGAGAGCCCGCGGAUGCCGUGGAGUACCGACACGCCGUCGGGCCAGCCGCUGCAGCUGCCGCUGUGGAUGCAGGAGUCGACGGGCUCCCUCAUGGAUUCGACCAACCAGCUCCGCGAUUGGGUCGCCGCCGUCGACGGGUACGCUGGCGACGCGGCGUUUGGCACCAACGGCAUGGGCAACAUUACUGGUCCUAGCGGUCAAUCUGCCAUGACGCCUUCGGGCAUGGCCAACCUGCAGCAGCAGCAGCAGCCCGCCGGCGGCAGCAUGGCCAGCAACUUUGACAGCGUCCUCUCGGACCUGGGCCUUCCCAUCGAUGGACUGGACGUGCUCUUCUUUGACCAUCCUACGGUCGCUUCCGAGGCGCAGCAGCCGGUCGGUGCCACGACUUCGCAGCCGACCCCUGGCCAACACACGCAGCCGCCGCCGCAGCAGCAGCAGCAGCAGCAGCCACAACAAUAG